AUGGCCUUGGCCCGAUGUUUGGCAAUGUUUGUUCUGCAGGCGAUUGAAUUUGCGCUCCGGGUGCCACACCCUUUCACUCAGAGCGUGCCUCUGGAUGAUCAGUCGUGCCGAGCUUUGGUCAGGCUGCAGCGUGAUGCAUCUGUUAUCCUGCACGAGCGUGCCCAGCUUUUGCAAUUUUGGGAACAGCGGGCUCGUGCACUGCUGCCCCGCUCAGUGGCUCUGAUCCGGCGUCAUCCUGAUCCUGCUCUACGCCGUCUACUUCUGGGUGCGCCUGAAGAUCAGGCGCCGCAGUUGGGGAAAGUGUGUCACAUUGAGCUCUAUGCCGAAAUGCUGCGUGAGGUGCGCUCAGUGGACAUGGAGCUCCCUCAAUUUCUUCUGCAUGGCUUCCCGAUCGUGGGCCCGAUCGCCCCGACCGGCCGGUGGCCUCCCUACGAGAAGACUCAGAAGGUCGUCCCCGUGGAGGAGGCAUUGAAGCGGGCCUGGGAUCUGAGGCGGAAGAUUGUCAACCGUGUCCACGCAGUACCUGUCACACAGAAUUUGAUCAAGAUUUGGAAGGCAUCGCUCGAGGAUGCGAAUGAAGGCUCAUGUUUGGGACCGUUUGCGUCCGAAAGUGAAGUGUCCAAGAUCUUGGGUUGCGAAGACUGGAUCCCUACGCAAAGGUUUGAGGUAGUCCAGAAGAACAAGGUUCGUGAAUGCGACAGCGCCACCACCAACAUGAUCAACCAAGUCACGGAGAUCUCUGAGAAGCUCCAGCUGCCGUCAACGGACUCUAAUGUGGCUGCACUGAGGCGUCUACGCUCGUUGAAGCCGGAAGAAGCUCUCUGCGGUUGGGUCCUUGACGAGCGAAAAGCUUAUCGCCAAGUGGCAGUGAGACCUGAUCAGAGGAAGUUUUCUGUGAUUUGCUUGAAGAACCCUGAGGUUGGCUCCCCUCAUUUCUUCAUCAUGGUGGGUCAUUCUUUUGGUCUGGUAUCUGCUGUCUAUAACUACAAUAGAAGGUCUGCUGCGAUCAACGAGAUCUUGGUCUCUUUGUUUGGUUUGCUCGCUUUCAGUUUCUAUGAUGAUAAGUACGGCUUCGAGCCGGCCUCGACAGUGGCCAGCGCCAAGCAGAUCGCUGAGAGUGUUCACUUCUGGCUAGGCGCCCAGUUUGAUCAGAAGAAGCUGCAGCUAUCCAGGUCACCCACGAUCCUGGGCGUUACUUACAACCUGGAGCUUAUGCAACUGGAGAUCAAGGCCGAUCGGAAAGAAGAGCUCUCUAGCGAAAUCGACGCGAUCUUGGCCUCUGGUUUACUGGAUCCGGGCUCUGCGGGGAAGCUGAAAGGCAAGCUCAUGUUUGGUGCCUCGCAGCUAUGGGGCAAGGUAGGCCGUGCAUUUCUCAGAGUGAUCUCGGAACGGCAAUACUUGCGCUUCCCGAUCGGCUCAGAGUUCAAGCUGGACCCGCCCUUGCGUGAGGCUCUAUUGCAAUGGAAGAAGCUUGUUCAGCAUGGUCCCCCACGGCCUAUUGACAUGGUCGGCGAAAAGUGCUCAGACGCGGUGAUCUUCACGGAUGGAUUCACCCCGGAUCCUCGCUCUGCAGAGAAGCUGCCCGAUCGUGUUGGUGCAGUCCUGUUUGAUCGGCGCUCCCGCAGGCCUCAGCAGUUCACUGCUGUAGUGCCUGAGGAAGUGAAAAACAGAGUUUCGACAGACGCCAACCCAGCUGAUUGGCCUUCCCGUAACAAACUCCAUUUAGGCGAAGCGGUAGGAUGGCAGACUGUUCAAGUGAUCUGGCCGUCGGCCUUGAAGUAG